CUCCUUCACUGCCUCUCUCUCUCUCUCUCUCUCUCUCUCUCCCUCUCGCUUCUAUUUAAUUUUCUCAGAUUUUCAUCAACCAAACCGUCUCCUCCAUCACCACCACCACUUCAACCAGACUGCACACAGAGAGAGUUGGGGAGUGAGGAGAAACAGAUAAUAGAAUGAGAUAUGGCGGGUUUGAGUGUAGUACUGGAAGCCCAAAAGGGUGGUGUUAGCAGGAAGACCCCCGCGCAGGUUAUCAACAAGACUACCAUGUUGCUUAAAAAAAACUCCUCUCCUUCUCUGCCUCCUCCCUCUACUCCUCCUCCUUCCUCCCGUAGAAACCUCCAUUAUCUUCUUCCGGGACCCACUUUCCUUGACCGGUGCUUUCUCUGUAACCAAAAGCUCUUGUCCGGAAAAGACAUCUACAUGUACAAAGGAGACAGGGCAUUUUGUAGUGUGGAGUGCAGGUGCAGGCAGAUUUUUAUGGACGAGGAAGAGAGUCUUCGGAAAAACUACUGUUCAUUGGCUGCCAUGAAACCCACUUCUUCGUCUUUUUCUUCUUCUCCAUCUUCAUCUCCAUCUUCUUCCUCCUCCUCGGCUCAUCAUCACCGCAAAGGGACAAGAAACGGAGCGGGAGGGUUUGCGUACUGAGAGAGAAGGAAAAUUGUGAAACUUAAAAAUGGCGUUUUUUUUUUUGUAUUCCAGUUUUAACCUUGGUUGAUUUUGUUAUGACUCUGACAUCCUCUGUCCUUUUGUUUUGCUUCCUAGUAUGAAGCCAAAGAAGUCAUUUUUGACUUAUUACCCCCCCCCCCCCCCCCCCCCCCCCCCCCCGGCCAACGUAUCUGUGAGUGCCCAUGGUUUUUGGUGCAUAAACAACGGUGGAGACGUGUAGGUUUUGUGUCAUUGUUAAGAGGGAAUUAAUGGUAUUCAAAUCUCUAUAUGAACUGUUUUAAUUA